AUGAAGAUACAUCUAGUUUUACUGAUCCUCGGGAUAACCAUAUACAGGAGCAACGCAUCUAAAACAGACAUCAAUUCACAGAAAGACGAAGUCAAAUCGAAUAUUACUAAAAUUGAAGAAAAGUCCUUCGAAACUAAUGUAGAUCAACCGAACGACGAAUCAACUGUUGAUGCAAACGUUGAUAUUGUAAUUGAAGAGAGUUUAAAGACUCCUUUGAUUGACUUAAUUCCAGAAAAUUCUCCAGAAUUUGAUUUGAUCGAUGGAUCUUCUGUCGGCGAAGCUGAUUUCUACUAUAAUGAUGUAAUCAAUAGAGAUCCUAACGAAAUAAUGGAAACUGCUGCUGGAUUCGCACCCCUGCCGUUUUUAAAGAAAAAACGGAAGAACCAAAGACCGCAGAGGCGCUACCCAACCCGGAGAUAUUACCAAAAUCCCUAUUCGUACAGACGAUUUCAAUAUUACAAUCCGUAUAUCUAUGGAUUUUAUAGGCCUAGCUCUCUACCAUAUUAUUAUUAUUAUUAA